AUGACAUUGAGUAUGGUCGCGCAAUCUGUUUUGUCACAAUGGAAGAGACCUCCUGCGGGCUAUGUUAAAGCUAACUUUGACGGGGCUAUCUUUGUUGAGGGUGACAUUUCAGGUAUUGGAGUUGUCAUUAGAGAUGCCGAGGGUAAUUUCAUGGCAGGAUUGGCAAAGCAAAUUCCAGGAAUUUUUGCACCAGAGGUUAUUGAAUCUUAUGCUGCAAAGGCCGCGGUUGAGUUGUUAUUGGAUCUACAUUUGCCCAUGAUUAUUCUUGAGGGUGAUUGUCUAAAAGUCGUUAAAAUGCUUCAAACUACAGAGACAGAUGCAUCAGCUUGUGGAAUGCUGGUAGAUGAUAUUCUCAGAGAUAUACAAAGCUUUGCAACAUGGGAAGCAUCAUGGGUGCCUAGACAGCUGAACAAUGUCAUGCGUCGUGUUGCUAAAUAUGCUUGUUCUAUUUCUAAUGGCUGUAUAUGGAGGGACUUCCCUCCAGAUUUUAUUGUUACCGCGCUUGCUGCGGACAUCAUCUCAGAUUAA